UUGGCCUUGUCUGGACCUUUUCUCUCUGUUUUGUUAUGUUCCAUUUAGACUUCAAAUAAUAAGUUUCCUCCCGAUCAGGCAGCACACUUUUGCUUAGCCUCCAGGCUCGUAAAUGCUGCUGAGGCGAGAUGGAAAUUAAAAUCGUAUGUCAGCGUUGCAGGCUAAAGUUUGCAGCGGUAACCACUGCUGAGACACUUGUUUGUCCACAUUGCCUUAAGGUCAAUCCAAAUCGAACGUUACAGAGACGAACAUCUACCGGCGAUGAAAUAAAUUUUCCCUUUUGUUUGAAAGGCACUAGAGAUGAAAUAAAUGAUACCAUUGUAAGGCCACCGCCUCGAGGAGCCACACUGCAUGCAACCGUUGAUGCCUGCUACAGCUGCAGAGGCGAGAUGGAAAUUAAAAUCGUAUGUCAGCGUUGCAGGCAAAAGUUUGCAGCGACAAGCAAUGCUGAGGCAGUUGUUUGCCCACAUUGCCGUAUGGUCAAUCCUAAUCGAACGUUACAGAAACGAUCAUCUACCGGAGAUGAAAUAAAUUUUUCUUUGUUUUUGAAAGGCACCGGAGGUGAAAUAAAUGACACCAUUGAAAGGCCACUGCCUCGAGGAGCCAAACUGUAUGCAAUCGUUGAUGCCUGCUACAGCGGAACUGUUCUUGAUCUGCCUUAUGUUGCAGGAUGAACAAAGAAGGGUUCUGUAUAUGGGAAGAUCAGAGAAACCCUUUAUUUUACAAGGGUAUAAGUGGUGGACUAGCCUUCUGUUUUAGUGCUUGUGAUGAUAAUCAAAUCUCUACAGAUACCACUGCUUUCACUGGAACAAAUACCAGGACCGGUGCCAUGACAUUCAGCUUCAUUCAAGCUGUGCAACAUGAGCCUCGAUUAACGCAUGGCCGCUUGCUUAAUGCAAUGCGCAAUGCGAUUCGUGAUGUUAAAGCUGGUUUACGCCUAAAUGGUCCGAUUGCAACUCUCAUUAAUAAAGUAUUGUUUGGAACAACCACACAGAUAUUCUUCUUUACCUAAUUUGAUAAACACUAUGACAGUUGAAUAAUAAUAUCCUUGCCAAGUAAACGAAAUGAGUUCUUGAUUUGCAGGAGCCACAGAUAUCUUCAUCAGAGAAUUCGAUAUCUACUCAAAGCAGUUUGUGCUGUAGUAAUUUCCGUUAUCUUUCAUAAUUGUUUUUGACUA